AACUUUUUAAUAAGGUGCAAAAGUGCAUAGCACGCUGGAGAGUCGGUUUGACAGAUGGGAGGGCUUGCAUGACAAGCACGGUCGUUUUAUCAUUAAAUGGCGGGCAUGCAGUUUUGGAAGGCGGAAUGAAGUUUACAUGAAUUAUACCUUCGUGGUCUGGGGAAUGCAUUUCUCUCCAGGGUGAUCUGACGAGUUGAAAAGUUUGAUGCAAGAGGAAUUGAGUGGCAGGGGAGCACAUGACUGUAUCUUUUUGGUCUUUGGCGAAUGUGAGUGAGGGGGACUUGUAUUGUAGAAAGCUAUUCUGUGUGAUGAAAAGGAAUGGCAGGCUAGGCAUAAACACGGAUUAGAACUAGACUAAUAACUACAACAGAUUCUAAAUAUAGGACGAGUGCGCAGUUAAACCCGCAGCUUCUUGCAGAAUAACUUUAUCUUGAUACAUUUUAAAAGUAGUUUUGCUUACCCAUACUUAAACCACAGUAAACCUUUUUCAACAUGACUUGCUUCUGAAUAGUUUGCAGCCAUAGAAAAGUUAGUAAGGUGGGAAGCACUACAAGGAUUUGACUGCUCAUUCUGAAAGAAGCUUAAGUUUAAACCAUGUGAUAAAUGUGCAGCUUGGGAAAGUUGACCGACAAACAUAAGCUUAAAACAAUUGCUUCUUAGGAUUGGUUUUUCAAGGCGGGGAGGGGGGAGAGUGUGUGUGCUUGUGUUGGGGGGGAGGAAAUGUUGCUUCCUUUUAUCCUUUGCAGACUUAAAGUGCAAGGGGAUCAGGUUGGGUGGAGACUUGGUUUAGUUUGAAGGAAGUAUAAUGGUGCACUUGUUCCAAUCUGCAGCUUUCACAGUCCACAUUUGCAUUUUAAAGGAUGAAGUUGCAGUAACCUGAGCUUGUGGGAGUUUUGGCAGAUGUGUACAAAUGACGUUGCAAGUGGCAGGUUUUAUUUUCACCAUUUUAAAAUCUUCUGUAGCACUGACUGUGGCAGCAGUGUUGUCUAGAAUGCACUCUAUUUGGGGGGCAAAAAGUUCAUAGUUUCUGACUGGAGAGGAAGGCUGUUUCCAUGAUGCAAAAGCAAUCUGUUAUCUGAUGGGCAAAACACAAUGUGCACUAGUGUGCUAGGUUCAAACUGCAUCCACUAAAGACCAUCCAGUUGCAAGACUACUAAUGUUUCCUUGUUAAGCUCAUGGUUUGGAAAGAGAAGAUAUAUCCUCUUAUUUUAUCAGGCUGUCAUCUAAAUUGCUAGACAUAUGCAGUUAUCAAACAGAAAUUUGCUUCUUCCAGCUGAAUGCAUACCCUUCCUAGUAAAGACUUCUUCCUAAAAUGACAGUUUUCACAAUUCUCCACCAACUGAAAAAGAUUUCAAGGUUUUUUUUUUCAUAUCCCAAAGAUGUUCAGGUGAACAGUUGACUAUGCUCAAGUCUUGUCUGCAAAGUAAAGUUCUUUGCUUAAAAUACCCCUCAAGGACAGCUGAUCCUAAAAGGAGUUUAUUGAAUAGAGCAAUUCCUGUUUGAUCUGUAGAAAGGCAUGUGUAUAAAGGGAAAGUGUGAAGCAUUCUUUUUCUAGCUGUGUGGUUUUUUCUCCCUGUUUCAAGAGAAGCUCAUCUUCAAAAAAGUAAAGAGAAAGAAAGUAAGAUUUGAUUUGCAAAACAGCUUGGUACCAGCACAGGUGCUGAAGGGCAUAAAUUAGGAAGGGCUCCAUCAUGGCCCCUUUCAUGUGGCUUCUUGGGGGCUUGCAGUUCCUGGCAUGUUCUGAGCAACAGGUGCAGCAUCAAGUUCAAGCACCUGGCAGCCCCCCUUUUUUUCACAGUUACCAGCACUCUGUGCAUUUCCAAGUUUGUGUGCUAGACUUCAAAGGCUGACAAAAGUUCUCUGGCUGGAGUAAUCCCCUCCUUUUUUUGGUUCCAAAUGUAUCGGGGUACCUUCUCUUUCAAUCUGGACUGCAUCAAAAAGGUUGAGUAAGAUGGAUCAGUUUCAAAACCUAGCUAUAAGUCAAUUUGUCUGUGGAAACAAAACAGAGAUUUUAAUCAUGUUACCUGAGCAGCUGCAAGAAUGAAUGGUUUCUUACAGAACAAGCCUGUGCCUAGAAGGAAGUGUCACUGAAUUUAAUGGGCCUGGCUCUCAGGUCAGGCUGCACAGUGGACCUCCCCUACCUGUUGGAGUUGUGGUCCAACCCGUGCGGUUGCCUCCAAGUUGGGGAAGGGCUGCUGUAUUGGAUUGCAGCGCUGCUUGAAGGAAAGAACCUGAUGGUUUCAUUAAACAUCCUUCAAAUCUCUGUUAAGAGAAAUCAACCAUUUCAAGAUUAAAAAUAAUUAAAUUCUUUUAUCCUUUUCUUCGUCUCCCAGCUGGAAUUUGGAACAUUUCAAGAGACUGAUGAGGUAAAAAAUUGAUUGUAGCUACUGCGUAAGUUUGGGAUUGCCUCAAAGAAAGUGAAGUCAGUUAUUUUUUUAGACCUGUUGACAAGCUGAGAGUGCUGUAUAUUCUUGGAGUUUUCACCUGUCCUAGGCAAAGCUUUUCCCACCUCGGUGCUCAAGUUGAAUUUCCGUAUGUUGCAGAGCUGUCGGAAGCAUAUACAGAAUAGUUGCAUUUCUGUGUCAAGGCAUACCACCCUUAUUUAAAUGAGCUUGAGUACAAUAGAAGUGAGGAUUUUGGGCACUAUAUUCUUUUGACUGGUAAGAAAUUGCCUUUUAACAGGGUUUUUCUCCCUAAGGGAAUAUAAGCCCCACCAAAGUGUUUGAAACUGACAUGAAAAACCUGCUACUUGUUACAAGCCCCUUUAAGCUGCCUGCCACACCUGCUUUGAAACAGCAUGGUUGGCUGAGCAGAGCAGCCCCCAGGUUGGGUAGGAAUGGUUGGAUUUGGCUUACAAAUUUAAGAAUCUUUCAGAGGCUUUACUUGCACUAAUGCAAUCAAGUGCAGAUAAAUUAAUUCGUUGUCACUGAUUUGUCACUCCAGCAGGGGGUGCUAUUGAGCAGUCUGUAGUGCCUAAACACAGCAAAUCUGCUAGUAAGUGGUCAUGAGAUUGGAGUAUUUCAUACUUCUCCAAGCUGGUGCCCUCUGAGAUGCCUGACUGCAGCUAAUUGGGGAAGGCCGGAAUAAUGUAUUGAUACAAUAUGUUCUAAAGGAGAAUUAAGCAAUUUAUGCAGGACUCCAGGUUGCAUAUUCCUGCUCUCAAACAUUUUAUUUUCUGAUCACUGUCAGUCAAGACACUAUGGGGCUCUGGUCCAGGACAACUAGUCUGCUGGUAGUUAAGGGCAGAAAUCUUUAUAAUUCUAACCUAGAAUAACUUGAGUGAAAUCAAUGGGAUUAUUCCAAGUAUUCUUCAAUAUUGUGUUUAUUUUAAUAUAUUUUCAUCCUGCCUUUUUCCCUCCUCCAAGGAGUCUUACGUGCUCUUCUUCCUUUUGAUUUUAUCCUCACAUCAACCCAGUGAGGUGGGUGACUAGCCUGGAGUCAUCCAAUGAGCUUCAUGGCUGGGUGGGAACUAGAAUCCAAGUCUCGGUCCAGAAAAGUAACCUUUAUGCCACACCAGCUCAGUUUUGCUUAAUGCUUGGCUUGGUGUUGGCUUUAGCCUUUAGAAGAAGAAAGAAAACCUGCAUCUGAAUGGCCAAGUGGUUCAAUGAAGUCCGACAGGUAGGAGGCCAGCUUGCACAGCGAUGCCGCUUUGCAAAUAGUCCUGAGAGUCAGCUCAGCCGCUCAGGAUCUGUUGCUGCGAUUGGCAGUGCUCUCUCUGUGUUGAAACAAAAAGAUUCGCAAAGGGGUGGCAAGUGGGUGGGGUGGCAAGGGGAACGCGUCGUUAUAGCAACGCCGUACUGCUGCCAUUCUUGGAUGGUUGGGGGGCUGAGUGAGGAGGAUGCACAGUUGGAAGGGGUGCUUUCGUUGCCUGCAGAAGAAACAUGCGCAUGGCAGCUUCUGUUGGAGAGUGUUGCACUUCCCUAAGCUGGGGUUGGCAGAAGGCAGAUUGCAAUCCAUUGACGGGCUUCUAGAUGACUUGCAGUAAAUCAACAAGAAUUUCUAUCCUGUAAUUGUUUAAUAAAAGCAGCACAACUCCCCCUCCAUCCCUAUUGAAAUGAAGAAAGCCAGGGGUAACCAGGAGUGGUAUUUGUAGGGGCCAUGGGUUCUGUUCACCUCCGAUCCUCAAAACAAAUUCCCAGCCUCAGAACUGAGGCUGUGCUUGGUGGGUCCCAGUGUCUCAGUCCAAACAAACAGGCAAACUAGAUCCUGAAAGCCUGCAGUCUGUCCACGCCUGCCAUGAGGCCCUUCGUGCAAAGCACUGAUGCCAGCACAGUUACUCACUCCCUGAGACUUUGUGAAAAGCAGGUAGGAGUAUUCAUCCCACUUGCAUGAAUAGAAGUGUUUAUUGAACAUGCAGACAGGUAGGUGGAAUCCUAGCUGAAAAAGAAUUGUUGAAACUGCAAGGGCCUCUUCUGGCAAAUGCAGAUCUAAACCAAUUGGAGCAAGUGUGGAACAGCCAUCUGGUCUCGGAUAUUAUGUAUGUUAAGGCUAUCAGCUGCUCAGCCUCUCCCUUUGUAAGCCACCUCAGCUCAUUUAUUAUUUUUACUAGCUGUGUUCCCCGCUCCCCCCAAACAGGCAGUCCAAGGAUAUAAGUGCUAAAUCACAAAGAGAACCAACACGGACCGGCAGGCAUUUCUUAUCCCGGAAGAGAACACUUGACCUCUGCUGUCAGGCAUGACAUGGAAAUAUUCUCAGAAGUACAGAGAUGCCCUGUAUCCAAACCCAAUAUGGGACCUUGCUUCAGAGCGGAGGACCCUGUGAACUCCACCCAGCAGACUUCUUGACCCCUGAGCUUGGCAAAACCACCAUGGACCUGGUUAACACUGAGAUCACAGCUGCUACCACCUCCCUGCCCAGCUUCAACACCUUCAUGGACAAUUACGCGGGUGAAUUCGACGCCUUCCUCUACCAGAUUCCAGCUGCAAACCCUCCCACCGCCACUGCCACCUCCACCAGCACCACUGCCUCCUUCAAGCUGGAGGACUUCCAAGUGUACGGCUGUUACCCCGGCCCUUUCAGCAGCCAGCUGGAUGAGACCAUGUCCUCAAGUGGCUCGGACUACUAUGGCAGCCCAUGCUCCGUUCCUUCUCCUUCCACACCAAGCUUCCAGUCUUCACAGGGCCCUUCCUGGGAGAACUCCUUUGGGGCCUAUUCUCCUACUCACACCUAUGAGGGCAUGAGGCCCUGGGUGGUAGCGUCAGCAGCAACAGAGCCGCCCAAAAGCAGCUCCACCCAACCAGCCUAUUUCUCCUUUGGCCCUGCAGCUCACAGCCCUGGGGUCCCCCCACAGAGCCCUCUGAAGAUGCAGCCAGCUGCCCACCAGCACUUGGUGGAUGGAGAGGUCUUCUCGCUUCCACAGACCUCCCCUUCUCUGAGUUUUUCCCCCUUGCCCCUGGGCCAGGCCUCGCCAGUCCUGGAUAGCACCGGCUUGAUGGACAAUUCCCUCUCCCCAACGAAGGCACGCAGCCCAGGGUCCAACGAGGGGCGUUGUGCGGUGUGUGGGGACAACGCUUCAUGCCAACACUAUGGGGUCCGGACCUGUGAAGGCUGCAAAGGGUUUUUCAAGCGCACAGUCCAGAAGAAUGCCAAAUACAUCUGCUUAGCCAACAAAGACUGCCCUGUAGAUAAGCGGCGGAGAAACCGAUGCCAGUUCUGUCGUUUCCAGAAGUGCCUUGCUGUGGGAAUGGUUAAAGAAGUGGUGCGAACAGACAGCUUGAAAGGCCGGCGUGGCCGGCUGCCCUCCAAACCCAAACAAGCUCAAGAUGCUUCUCCGGUCAGCCUCAUCUCCUCCCUCGUGAGAGCGCACAUAGAUUCCAUACCCAGCGCCACAAAGCUCGACUAUUCCAAGUUCCAGGAAUCUGCCUCCUACCAAUUUGAGAAGGAGGACUGUAUGGACGUGCAGCAGUUCUAUGACCUGUUAACAGGCUCAAUGGAUGUGAUCCGAAAAUGGGCAGAGAAGAUCCAGGGCUUCCUAGAGCUUCCAAAGGAGGAUCAAGACCUGCUUUUGGAAUCUGCUUUUCUGGAACUCUUCAUUCUCCGGCUAGCAUACAGGUCCAAGCCAGAAGAAGGAAAACUGAUAUUCUGCAAUGGUGUUGUGUUGCAUCGUAUGCAGUGUGUCCGGGGCUUUGGGGAAUGGAUAGACUCUAUUAUUGAGUACUCCCAGAACCUACAUCGGAUGAACAUUGAUGUUCCCUCCUUCUCCUGUCUCGCGGCCCUUGUCAUAAUCACAGACCGCCACGGGCUAAAGGAGCCAAAGAAGGUUGAAGACCUCCAGAACCGCAUCGUCAACUGCCUUAAAGACCACGUGACAUCCACCACCAGCGAGCAGGUGCACCCCAACUGCCUCUCGAAGCUACUGGGCAAACUCCCGGAGCUGCGCACGCUUUGCACUCAAGGCCUGCAGCGCAUCUUCUACCUGAAGCUGGAGGACCUGGUGCCCCCGCCCCCCAUUGUGGAUAAAAUCUUCAUGGACACGCUGCCUUUCUGAGGACUUGACAGUUGGAAGUGGCAGCGAACAUCUGGUGCUUCCUUUGGGGAAGGGCAUCUUUCUUCGUUUCUUUCUUUCGGUUUGUGUUUCUCCCCUGGGUGGAGAGCAACUGGCAGAGGGAAUUCCCUGCCACCAGUCUUCUGGAGGGGAGACAGCAGGAACAUUUCCAGAGACAUUUAAAGGGGUGCUUACAUCCAGUGGUUGGGAACUGAAGACCACAAACAACAGAUGCCCCUUUUUCUCCCUUGCACUCCCCACUUUAAGUCUACACAUUUCUUGAGACAUUAAGAAUCACCAUAUAAUUCAUAUAAUUCUCUGUGAACUUGGGACAAUGUCUUGGGCUUGUAUUUUUUUAACCAUGUGGGGAAAUCCCAGUGUGCCUUCUCAGGUUACGUGCACAAUAUUCCUAAAUGAUGCUGCCCUUUUCCACUGCCUGCCACCAGCUCUGCGUGCAGUCCAGCGCCCUGAAUUCCAUACAGUGGCACAGAUCAGCUUUCUGUAAUAUGUGUGGAAUAAGCUCGGUUGGAUUGUGGUGUUGUUUCUUUUUUAACAGACCAAGCCUGGUUAGGGAUUUAAAACAGAGGUACCUUCUCCUUCUUUCGCAAUCUGUGUUGUCAGUCCUGGAUCAGCCCUGGUUUGACCGUUCGCUCCCGGACAUGGGAACUGGAAUUUCCCACGCCCUCCGCAUAGAAGCAUUGGAGCAAUUGGCAAGGGCCGGAGGGACAGUUCUACCGUGAAGCAGUGGGCAUCCCACAGACAGCUUGCUCCUACCUGCUGUUUCAUCAGCGGCAGUCAAGUUUGGUUGGGUGUAUCUGUAAAAGUUGUAUAUAAGAACAGCAUGAUGGCUUUGUAAAUACGGAUGAAUGGAUGAAUGGCAGAGGGGAGACGGGGGGACUCUUCUGUUUGAGCCACUGACGCUCGUGCAUUGCCCUUGUACCUGCAGCACACCUUCUGCCUUUCUGUGUACAUAACUUUGUAUUGUAAAGUCCACCAAUUUUUUGACAUUUAUAUUUGUCUAUCCCCGCUUUCCAAUUUCCAGUAUGUGACUUUUCCAAUUAAUAUAUAUUUAAUAUAUUGAAUAAAAAAAUACCCUGAGUAGAUGUAAAUCCA